UCGAAUUACCACACCAAUAGAAAACUAAUCCAGCGUUCUAUGAAAUAGAUGGAAAGAGUAAAUAAUAAAAACUUAUAGCCAGGUGACUGGUGAAAAUAAUUUCUACCACUAGUAUUCACAAAGUGUCAGGUUAACAACAUGGAGUUCCAUAUUAUCAUACUUUCCAUCUUCGCUUUCGCUCUUCACACUUCAAAUGGAAGACACGUGGCAAAGAGUGAUGAAAUGCAAGUUGCAAACACACACCAAUUCGUGGAAGACUAUCGAGUUAUCAGCACUGCCUACAAAAAGCAACUCCAACAAGCUUCACACGACCUUGACAAGGCGAUUGCUGCAGACAUAUUCAAAAGAGCUGCUGGAGGCACUCCAUGCAAGGAGAUUUACGACUGUCGCGUUAUUUGCUAUAACGGAUGUCGAAAAUUGUGUUUUUUAAAAAGUAAGGAAUGCAAACCAUUGUUUAAGGAAACGAAAUAACUGUAACACGCAACCUAGUACCCAGACCCGUGAAACGUGUUUUGUUUGUGUUUAUAUCUAAAAAAGCAUGCAGCUGUGGUAGGAGCAUUUAAAGAUGUUAUUAGGAAUAUUUAUGUAUUUAUGUAUAAUUAUACUCAAAAUAAUUCUUACGAAA